AUGGCUCGUCGCCGUGGUCCCCAAGCCCAGCCCCCGCCACCAUCGUCCAACUCUCGACAAACCCGGAGUCGUGCCCGUCUUGAAGACGAUCCCACCUCCAUACCCGCAACCGCACCAGCACCCAUACCCAUACCCGCUGCUGUCCCUGCCCCUGCGCCCACGCCCGCUGCUGUCCCCACGCUCGCUGCUGUCCCCGCGCCUGCUAUCCUCGCCCCCGCGCCUGUGCCCGCUCGCGCCCGUGCUGCUGUCUCUGCAGCCGGCGUUGGCGUCGACGCCGCCCCUUGCAAGCCCAAGGCUCGCCGUGCGCGGAAAAAACCCUCCGACAACCCCCCUCUUGCAUCACCCUCGCCUGCCUCUGCCCCCGCCCCCGCCCCCGCCCCCGCCAGUGCCGUUGCCGACCCCGUUGUUGCCGCUCCUCAGCCCCCUGCUGUCCCCACCCCCCCCACGUCUGAAGCUCUUUCUGACGCUGCUUUGUCUAUCCCCUAUGCGGCAGUGCGUGCGUCCAUGAAGCUUGAGGCCGCUGCUGCCAACUCUCGAUUGGUCGCCCCACCUCCUACGGAGCUUCCCAGCGACGAUCCUUUCACACCCAGAAACUCCUCUUUUACUCCUUCGUCCCCUCUCCGUCCCUCGUCCUCCGACCCCACUCUUCCCAGUCCGCAGACGACGCCGCCAUUCAAGUUGUUUGCCGUCGAAGAGGAAGACGAGCUCGCUUCUGCGACCAUAGGAACUCGCAGUUCCCCUGAUAGAUUGUGGGGAGCAUUCAAAUCUGGCCCGACGACGAUGGCUCAGGCUCGCCAGAAGCUUUUGCUAAGAUACGCCAACAGCGCUGCUCAACACGUACCGCAUACCCGCCCCUCAAUCUCACGACCUGAAGAGCUGACGUUGCAAGAUCAAAGCCAUGGUCCUGGCGAUGGGCUGUUUUCCCAGUUUGACAACAUGCAUGUGAGCGCGGCCAAUGAGGUCGCUCUCGACAUUGCUUGCGAUGGAGAAACUGCAUUCGAUCGCGUCCAAGACGACUUUGCGGACAGCGGGGAUGUUGCAAUGCUACAAGAUGGAUCGGCUCAGCCACUACCACUGGAAAGCUUUGGCCUGAACGUCCCCGACGACGAUAGCGAUGAGCAGGCAGAUGGACCACUGCACAGCACCCCUGCCACACAUUGGGGAAUAUUCUAUUCUCAACUUCGGGACACGUUCGAACCCAAUGCCCUGCCCUCCUCCAUUGCCUCGUUCACUACGCAGUCAACUUACGUCUCGGAACCCGAUCGUGCUUCGGCCGCGUCUGUGACGGCAGGCGCCGUAGUGCUGUAUGGAUUCGAAGUUCAGGCUGAAGACAGCAACAGCAAAGAGCUUAAGACUGCUGCUGGCCAUCCCUCUCUGGCCAGCCCCAGCGCAACUUCAGUCAUCCCUGAUGGCGUCCGUCGCAGCACUCGCCAGCAGACCAAGAAGGCCGACCCGUUGGCCAGGACCCUCAACAACGCUGUGGGGGGCACGCACCUGUCCUGA